AGAGAGAGAGAGAGAGAUGGAGAGAGAAACUACGGUGUUGAUAAUCGGAGCAGGGCCGGCCGGUUUAGCGACUUCCGCCUGUCUAAACCUAAAAAAGAUACCAAACAUGGUCUUAGAGAGAGAAGAUUGUUGUGCUUCCCUAUGGAAGAAGAGAGCUUACGACCGAUUGAAACUCCAUCUCGCGAAACAAUUCUGUCAACUACCGCACAUGCCGUUCCCUUCCGACGCACCCACGUACAUCCCCAAACACGGCUUUAUCCGAUACUUGGACGACUACGUUUCCUAUUUCAACGUCAGCCCUUUCUGUAACCGUACCGUGGAGUCUGCGUCGUUCGAUCGCUUGAGUGGAAAUUGGGUUGUCUUUGCCCAAAAUACCCUCCUAGGCGAGACGGAGAAGUACUCGGCCAAAUUUCUAGUCGUUGCUACCGGGGAGAAUGGUGAGGGGUAUAUACCUCGAAUUCCGGGUUUGGAUUCGUUUAGUGGGGAGGUGAUGCAUUCUAGUGGUUACGGAAACGGGAAGAAGUUCGAGGAGAGCAAAGUGUUGGUUGUUGGAAGCGGGAAUUCGGGUAUGGAAAUCGCGUUUGAUUUGUCGAAUUCGGGUGCUAAAACUUCUCUAGUUGUUCGUAGCCCGGUGCACUUUCUAACAGAAGGGAUGGUGAAACUUGGGAUGGUGUUAUUGAAGUAUAUAAGGGUAGAUUUGGUGGACAAAAUUUUAUUAAUGUUGAGCAAAUUCAAGUAUGGAAAUCUUAACGAAUACGGAAUCGAAAGGCCGAGCAAAGGGCCCUUUUAUCUGAAAAAAGCAACCGGCCGAUCUCCGGUCAUUGACGUUGGCACCAUUGCCAAAAUCCGAGCACGAGAAAUCCAUGUAUAUAAUGGUAGGUGUUUGCCAUCCAUCGGGAAUGUGAACGGACGAUUCAUUAAAUUUGUGAACGGUGAAACGGAAAGUUACGACGCCAUUGUUUUCGCCACCGGCUACAAGAGCACAGUGAGGAGAUGGCUUAAGGAUGAUGGAGGGCUUUUUGGUGAAGAUGGGAUGCCGAGAAUGGGAAAUCAGACUCACUGGAAAGGGCAAAACGGUCUUUAUUGUGCUGGAUUUGCGAGGGCGGGAUUGUUCGGGAUAUCCAACGACGCUAAAGCUAUUUCGCAAGACAUAGGAUUGAUUCUAAGUGAUCAGAUUUGA